GUUUUUUAAAGAAAAUUGCAGGCCUCCUUCAAGGGCUUUUUACCACCGGCUAUUUCUGUCUCAGAAUUUGUGAUGUUCCCUUCAUGGGGUGGGUGGCUGUGGCUCUGUAAGUAUUCUUUCUUAAAAUGUGGCAAACAGAUGCAAAACUUUGUCCUAUAACACACACUCUCUAUCUCUCUCUUCCUCUUCUCUUUCUUUCAGAAAAAAAAAAGGCCAUAGAAAAGUAAUAUUUUUUGGUGACAAAGAAAUCAUCUUUCUUUAGCAUUUCUUACUCUGACUCAUAAGAGAAAGACAACAAGGGGGAACCUAAAUUUGCAAUAAAAGAAGGAAAUUGCCACCCAAUAUACAUAAAAAAGCUUUGGAAAAUGAAUGGUCUCUCACAUCUUCAGCCAGAUUACUCUGAGUUUGUUGAAGUUGAUCCAACUGGAAGAUAUGGAAGAUAUAAUGAAAUUCUUGGCAGAGGAGCUUCAAAGACAGUUUACAGAGCAUUUGAUGAGUAUGAAGGGAUUGAAGUUGCUUGGAACCAGGUCAAGCUCUAUGAUUUCCUGCAAAGCCCUGAAGAUCUUGAAAGACUCUACUGUGAGAUUCAUCUGCUUAAGACAUUGAAGCAUAAGAACAUAAUGAAAUUUUAUACUUCUUGGGUUGAUACUGCAAAUAGGAACAUCAACUUUGUGACUGAAAUGUUCACCUCUGGGACUUUAAGACAGUACCGGUUAAAGCACAAGAGAGUUAACAUUAGAGCAGUGAAGAAUUGGUGUAGGCAGAUCUUGAGAGGACUUCUCUAUCUCCAUAGCCAUAACCCUCCUGUGAUCCAUAGAGAUCUAAAAUGCGAUAACAUUUUUGUCAAUGGAAACCAAGGUGAAGUGAAGAUUGGAGAUCUUGGCCUCGCUGCAAUUCUUCGAAAAUCGCAUGCUGCUCACUGUGUUGGGACACCAGAGUUUAUGGCCCCAGAAGUGUAUGCAGAGGCAUACAAUGAAUUGGUGGAUAUUUACUCUUUUGGGAUGUGCAUUUUGGAAAUGGUCACUUUUGAAUAUCCGUAUAGCGAAUGCACCCAUCCAGCUCAAAUCUAUAAGAAAGUUAUCUCUGGCAGAAAGCCUGAUGCUCUCUACAAAGUGAAGGAUCCAGAAGUAAGACAAUUUGUGGAGAAAUGCUUGGCAACUGUAUCACUUAGGCUCUCAGCUAGAGAGUUGUUGAAUGAUCCAUUUCUCCAAAUUGAUGAUUGUGAAUCUAAUUUUAGACCUUUAGAUUAUGGGCCGGAAAUUGAUGGCAUGGGUCCUCUCAUAAGGCAACCUUACCUUGAAUUUCGUGACAAUACUUAUCCCUGCAGUGAUGGAUACUCAAAUGGCUAUAGCUAUGAUGCUCAGAAUGAAUUGGAAUAUCAUCCAGUUGAGUUCGAACAAAGUGGAAUUGAACUUUUUGAGUAUCAUGAUGACGAACAUUAUGCAAAUGUUGACAUAAGUAUAAAAGGGAAGAGGCGAGAUGAUGGUGGAAUCUUUUUAAGGCUUCGAAUUACAGAUAAAGAUGGUCGCAUUCGAAACAUAUAUUUCCCAUUUGAUGUUGAAACUGAUACAGCAUUGAGUGUUGCUACUGAAAUGGUUGCAGAACUUGAUAUUACUGAUCAAGAUGUGACUAAAAUUGCAGAUACAAUUGAUGGGGAGAUUGCUUCCUUGGUUCCAGAUUGGAGGCCAGGGCCAGGCAUAGAGGAAACACCUCGCUUUGCAAAUCAAACCUUCUGUCACAAUUGUGCUUCCAAUCGAACCUCUAAUGGUUCACUUAUAGAUUUUCUAUCAAAUAAUCCAUGUUGUAGAAAUGGAUGUGCUUCCAUGCAUGGCCGAUUUGAAGAGAUUACAUUCCAGGCUGAUGAACCUGAGCUUCAUUCAACAGAAGGUGCUCCAAACAUACUGAGCCAUUCGGACUGCUUACGCUAUCAGGAAAUUUGGGGUCAACAUGAAAGCCGCGAUCUUAUUCCAGUGGGAUCUGGAAGAAGCCAUUCAGAUGAAGAAUAUGAAAAAGUUGAUCAAUCAAUCACAGCAAAGGAUGAGAAUAAUGUAAAGAUGGAAAAUGAAUUUCAUUCUGGUGCAGGGAAGUCAAUUCUACACUUAAGAAGUUCUGGUUCUUUUUGCAGACUUUCUUCAUUGUACAAUGACCUCUCAGACAGUAAUGAGAACAAAAUCCGGAAAGAAUUGAGAUGGCUUAAAGCGAAGUACCAUAUCGAAUUGGGAAAACUUAGAGAUCAACAAUUAGGAAUUGUAUCAACAUCUUCAACUUCUAGCAAUAGAAACUGCAAACCAAGUAAUGGGGUUUUGUCAUCUGCAGUAAUGAAUUCAUUUCAAGGAAGUACCAAUGGAGAUCUCUUCAAAUCUUUAGGUCAUGAGAAGCUUUAUGGUCCCAAUUUGCAUAAUGAUGUCAAUAAUAGCCGCCCCAAUUUGGAUACCAGAAGGGCCCGAAAUUGUGUGGCGAUGAAGGAAUCCCCGAGAACAAGUGACAUGGUCACUGCCAAGAGUUUCUACAGUAGGUCAUUGCUUCCACAUUCACUUCACAGGACAACAUCCCUUCCAGUUGAUGCUGUUGAUGUAUAACAUAUGUAAGACACUUUUUUUCAUUCUUUUACGAGUUCCUUACUGUAGAGGCUUUAUUAUUAUACAAUCAACCUUUAUGGGGAGAGAACAAAAUCCACCCUCAAUGUGCUCAUGUCCUACUAGCCAGCUGCCAGCCUAUCUUGCACUUAUUAUGGCAUAUGUAAUUAUGAUGAGAGAUGCAAAGUUCUGACCCUAUAGAAUCUCAAAUGGGGAUGUUAUUCGAUGUAUUUUUAUCCAUUUGUCCCCCAGAAGUAAAAUAGUGCACAAUGUGAUGUUGGAGUUGGAGAGUGUAGAAGAAAGAUGGUUUGAGGCUUUUAUGAGAUCUUUAGAUAUAUUGAAUUGGUUGAGGACUCCAUGUGCAAUACCUACUGGCUUUUAUUUGAACUACCAUCAGGGUGGUUAUUAUUAUUAGCUAUCAUGAGGAGAGAUUCAAUCAUUGAAGCUUGCAGGGCCUCCAGGUGUAAUGACUCAGUUGAAUUGGAGUCCCAUGUGCAUUUCUGUUCACCUUAAAUCUGUCAAGAGCAGAGAGGCACUAAAUGCCUUUUCUUUUA